AUGUAUAGUGUUAGCAAACACUGUAAUGUAAAGUAUGACCGUGCACGGUCUUCUCUGCCAGUAAUGGCUUACCUUGCAGGAAAUCAUGGAAAUCUGACGGAGGAGCAGGUCCACUGCUCCAUCUGUCUGGACGUGUUCACCAAUCCUGUCUCCAUCCCCUGUGGACACAACUUCUGCCGCUGCUGCAUCCUAGACUACUGGAAGACCACCGCCCUGUUCCAAUGCCCCAUGUGCAAGAAGACCUUCUUCAAGCGGCCCGACAUUAGCAUCAAUACCGUCCUGAGGGAGAUCGCUGAGCAAUUUAAGGACAUCAGGGUUAGCAACGCCGAGUGUCUCCAACAGCAGGAGCUGAAAGAGGAACGAGAGUUGCAGAAGAAGAUGGAGGAGCAGAAAAAGAAGAUGGAGGAGCAGAAAAAGAUGGAGCAGGAAAUGAAGAAGAAAGAGCAACAGGAACUGGUUCAAAAGCAGCAGAAACUUCUCCAGGAGCUGAGACUGAAGCAGGAGAUGCAGAAGCUACAGCUGCCACAGCUGCAACGAACGACGAGCCUGGAACCAGAGAAACCGAUGGAGGGAAAACCAGAAGAGAAGCCCGAGCGAGAGCCAGAGGAACCUCCAGCCGAUGCUCCUCCAUCUCCACCCCACAGCCCAUGGGGCGAGGUGUCUUGUGAUGUCUGCAUGGGCGACCGGAUGAAGGCCGUAAAGUCCUGCCUGGUGUGUCUGACCUCAUACUGCGAGGAACACAUCAAGAACCACAACACCCGCUUCACUAAACACAAGCUGAUCGAACCCGUGGCUAACCUGGAAGAGAGGAUGUGUCCCAAGCACGAGAGGCUCCUGGAGCUGUUCUGUAAGAAAGACCAUAUCUGUGUGUGUGUGCUGUGUACGGAGACGGACCACAGAGCUCACUUUACUGUGCCUGUAGAGAGGGAGUGGACUGAUAAAAAGGUGAGAAUAAUUUGUAGAGGCUAUUACAGUAUAAAGGCUACAGUGUAUGUGACAUUUUUUAUAUAUGGUGAAACUUUAUUCAUCCAGGUUAGUUUUGUUUGCGAUAAAAUGAGUGUAAAUUGUAUAUCGAGAAUGAGUUGUCAAUUGGUUUAUCAUUUUCAAAGACAUACAGUAACUAUUGUGCCGUUCAGGCCUGAUGCAGCGAUCAGAAGCUAAAUACAGCAAAAAAAAAAAAAUAGUCCAUUUGAACUUUAUCACAUUAUGGCCAAAUGAUUGCAGACAUUUAUGGUCAGCUACUAAUAAAACUGACACAAUGAUUGCCAUUGAGGCUGUAAAAGUACAUUUUAGAAGAGGACAAGUGUAUUUGGUACAUAAAUCCACCAAUAACACGCUACAGUUUGUGAGGCCUAGCCCUAGAUUUUUUUAAAGAGAGUAGGCUGCCUAGCCUGAAUUCCGGUAUGUUUCCUUGUCAAUCAUUGUCAUUGUCAACAUGUUGUAUUAAAAGAUCUGGGACCAGGCUAUAGACUGCCUACUGUAAGAUAAAUGAUCUCGCACCUACAGUGCCUUCAGAUAGUAUUCACACCCCUUGACUUAUUCCACAUUUUGUUGUGUUACAGCCUGAAUUCAGAAUGGAUUCAAUAGAUGUUUUUUCUCACCCAUCGACACACAAUACCCCAUAAUGACAAAGUGAAAACAUGUAUUUAGACAUUUUUGCAAAUGUAUUGAAAACAAAAUACAGAAAUAUGUCAUUUACAUAAGUAUUCACACCACUGAGUCAAUAAAUGUUAGAAUCACCUUUGGCAGUGAUUGUUAGCCCCCCGAGUGGCGCAGUGGUCUAAGGCACUGCAUCGCAGUGCUAGCUGUGCCACUAGAGAUCCUGGUUCGAAUCCAGGCUCUGUUGUAGCCGACUGGGAGACCCAUGGUGUGGCGCACAAUUAGUCCAGGGUAGGGGAGGAAAUCACCGGCAGGGAUGUAGCUCAGUUGGUUUGAUUCCCAUGGGGGUACUGUAAGUUGAACUGUAAGUUGCUCUGGAUAAGAGUGUCUGCUAAAUGACUAAAAUGUGAGUAUUUCUGGGUAAGUCUCUAACAGCUUUCCACACCUGGAUUGUGCAACAUUAUUCUUCUUCAAGCUCUGUCAAGUUGGUUGUUGAUCAUUGCUAGACAGCCAUUUUCAAGUCUUGCCAUAGAUUUUCAAGACGAUUUAAGUCAAAACUGUAACUAUGCCACUCAGGAACAUUCAAUGUCGUCUUCGUAAGCAACUGAAGUGUAGAUUUGGCCUUGUGUGUUAGGUUAUUGUCCUGCUGAAAGGUCAAUUUGUCUCUCAGUGUCUGUUGGAAAGCAGGCUGAAAUAGGUUUACCUCUAGGAUUUUGCCUGUACUUAGCUAUAUUCCAUUUAUUUUUAUCCCCCAAAAAACCCUAGUCCUUGCCGAUGACAAGCAUACCCAUAACAUGAUGCAGCCACCACCAUGCUUGAAAAUAUGAUGUGAUGUGUUGGAUUUUCCCCAAACAUAACACUUUGUAGUCAGGAGAUAAAGUUAAUUUCUUUGCCAAAUAUUUUGCAAUUUCCUCAGUUUUCUUUUCACAGCCAUUAAACUCUGUAACUGUUUUAAAGUCACCAUUGGCCUCAUGGUGAAAUCCCUGAGCAGUUUCCUUCCUUUCCGGCAACUGAGUUAGGAAGGAUGCCUGUAUCUUUGUAGUGACUGGGUGUAUUGAUACACCAUCCAACGUGUAAUUAAUAACUUCACCAUGCUCGAAGGGAUAUUCAAUAUCUGCUUUUUUUUAUUUGUACCCAUCUACCAAUAGGUGCCCUUCUUUGCGAGGCAUUGGAAAACCUCCCUGGUAUUUCUGGUUGAAUCUCUGUUUGAAAUUCACUGCUCGACAGAGCGACCUUACAGAUAAUUGUAUGUGAUAGUCAUUCAAAAAUCACGUUAAACACUAUUAUUGUACACAGAGUCCAUGCAACUUAUUCUGUGACUUGGUAAGCACAUUUUUACUCCUGAACUUAUUUAGGCUUGCCAUAACAAAGGGGUUGAAUACUUAUUGACUCAAAACAUUUCAGCUUUUAAAAAAGUAUUAAUUUGUUUAAAAAAUCUAAAAACAUAAUUCCACUUUGACAUUAUGGGGUAUUGUGUAUAAGCCAUUGACACAAAAUCUCAAUUUAAUCAAUUUUUAAUUCAGGUUGUAACACGACAAAAUGUGGAAAAAGUCAAGGGGUGUGAAUACUUUCUGAAGGAAGUGUCUGUUCUCCACAGGCUCAGCUGAAGAAGACAGAGAUAGAUGUACAGCAGAUGAUCCAGGAAAGACUGAAGAAGAGGGAGGAGAUCAAGCACUCAGUGGAGCUGAAUAAAGUGAGUUCUUGCCUGCGUCCGAAAUGGUACCCUAAUCCCUACAUAGUUCACUACAUAGGGAAUAGGGUACCAUUUCGGACACAGUCUUUUUUGACCCAGUGGUAAAAUAGAUGCUAAUUUGUCAUGUUGACAGUUGGGAUUUAUACUGCACAACAUAUUUUAUCAUAUAGUCAACAUCUGAUGUAAUUGACUAAAUAAACUGCUGGAUUCUAUAAUAUAAUUUUGCUUUGGACAUUAGCCCAAUGUGGGGACCAGAAUACAUGGCUUCUGUUGGAUUUUGGAUAUAUUUGAUCUUUGCUGGAUAUAUUUGAUCUUUGCUUCGAAGCACUUGCAAACUUUAUUGAGAUGUAGAAAAACAAAAUCUAAAUUGAUUCUAGUUAGGCAACCUAAUGGUUGCCUUGUGGGAGGGGUUAUGGGUCUCCCGUAACAUCCUGGCACAUCCAAAGCGAACUAAUCAGCCAUAAAGGCAAAAGAGUUUGCAUCCUAAAUGGCACCAUAUUCCCUAUGUAGUGCACUAGUUUUGACCAGGGUGCAUAGGGCUCUGAUUAGGGCUGUUGCGGUGACCAUAUUACCACCACACCGGCAGUCAUGAGUCUUGACCGCAGUAAAUUUCCAUGUGUCCGUUGUCACGGUAAUCUACUCUUAUGCACUCUGGACAUUGAUAGUACCCAACUUGCUAACGGCCAUCAGAUCCUAAUGGCCUGGUACUCAGGGCCUUAUUGUCCCUCUAACCACUCUGACAUCAAUGCAAAUGCUAUAUGAAAAUCACAUCCAACACUUAUCAUCAAAACAGUAGGCCUAUCAUACUUUUAAAACUCACUUUACUGUGAUGAUCAAUUUGAAGAAAGAAGUUCAACAGCAGGUUGAAACAGUGUAAAACAUGGUUGUUGUGGAAAUUGACAGGGAUUAAUUCAAAACACUAAUAUGCAUAUUAGAGUUUAUGCAUAUGCAUAGGCUUAUGAGCCCAAUACUGUUAUUACCAUAUUAUUCAAUGUUGACCAUCUCCUGUAUACCCCAAAAUUAUACCCCAAAAUGUAAUACUUCUUUACCUUAAAGUAGUGGGAAACAGAUCCACUGUCCGCCCCAAGGCCGUUGUUAUUGUUUUUGUUUUGUUGACAAGCACAGAUGAGGAGCGUUACAUAUGCGGCUUUUCUAUCGUGCAUGCAAUGAUGUCCGAGAGAAAAAACAGUGUUUGUUGUUUGCAGUAACUUCUUUGUUGUUGUAAUAUCGCAAACGGACGUGGCAGUUUCACUAUUAAGGAUACCAGCUUUAAGUAAUGACAAUCUCUUUCCCCCUUUAGUCCAGUGCCCAGAGGGAGAUCGAGGACAGCAUACAGGUGUUCCAGGAGCUGAUUCGGUCCAUCCAGAGGACCCAGGCUGAGCUGGUGCUGGCUAUCGAGGAGAAGCAGAGAGAGACAGAGAGGUGUGUAGAGGAAGUACUACAGUACCCAUCAUGCUCUGUACCUUGUAUCCGGUUUUAUCCUACUAAAAAGGUUCCUGGAGCUAACACUAUGGUGUCUGGUCUCCCUAUUAAUACAAGGUGGUCCCAGGACCUGAUAGCGGAGCUGGAGCAGGAGAUCACUGAAUUACAGAGGAGGAAUACAGACUUGGAGCACCUCUCACGCACAGAGGACCACAUCCACUUCCUACAGGUGGGAGGGAUUUCCGAUUUCAUUAAUAACACGUAGCAGAAUAUGUACACAUUGUAGUCUAGAAAUAUCGCACACAGAUUUGGUUCGGUCUUGUCAUUAUUUUCUUUGUCCCAAAUUUUUAUCACAAAAUAAGAAAUAUAGCACACAAAUAUGCUGAUUGUACAAAACAUUAGGAACACCUGCUUUUUCCAUGACAGACUGACCAGGUGAGUCCAGGUGAAAGCUAUGAUACCUUAUUGAUGUCACUUGUUAAAUCCACUUCAGUCAGGGUAAUGAAGGGGAGGAGACAGGUUAAAGAAGGAUUUUUAAUCCUUAAGACAAUUGAGAGAAGGAUUGUGUAUGUGUGCCAUUCAGAGGGUGAAUAGGCAAGACUAAAUAUUUAAGUGCCUUUGAACGGGGUAUGGUAGUAGGUGCCAGGUAAAACGGUUUGUGUCAAGAACCGCAGUGCUGCUGGGGUUUUUCACGCUCAACAGUUUUCCAUGUGUAUCAAGGAUGGUCCACCACCAAAAGGACAUCCAGCCAACUUAACACAACUGUGGGAAGCAUUGGAGUCAACAUGGGCCAGCAUCCCUAUGGAACGCUUUCAACGUCCAUGCCCGACGAAUUGAGGCUAUUCUGAGGGCAAAAGGGGGUGCAACUCAAUAUUAGAAAUGUGUUCUUAAUGUUUUGAACACUCAGUGUAUAUCGUAUAGAUUGACUAAAUUGACUGAUUGUUUUUCCUAUCUCUCGCUGUAGAGUUUCCCAGCCCUGUGUACCCCUCCAGCCACUAAGGACUGGUCUGGGACCCAUGUACAUACUGAAGUGUGUGUUGGGAUCAUCAGGAGAGCCAUGUCCAAAUUGGAAGAGACGAUGAGUGAGGAAAUUGACAAACUGGUGGACACUGGUAGGUUUUUCAAUAAAGGACCGAAAUGUGUGGUUUCUCUUACUAUUACCGUAUUUCCAAACCUCUUGGUCUCUGCAAAUUGUUGAACAAGAAGUGAUGUGUUUUGUUUUCGAAAUCAUUGAAUUGUGGUUUGUGUCCAUUUUCACAGAGCUGAAGAAGAUUCUUAAAUACACAGGUAGGCAUUCAAAUCAAAAUCAAAUCAAAUCAAAGUUUAUAGGUCCCGUACACAGUUUAGCAGAUGUUUUAGCAGGUGCAGCGAAAUGCUUGUGUUACUAGCUCCUAACAGUGCAGUAAAAAUGUCAAACAAGUACACAAAUAAUAAUCAAAACUAGAAACAAGAAAUCACAAAUGUCAGGAUGAAUUCAGUUAACAACCCAAAUAACACUGUAUCAGUAAUCCAAAUGCAAUCUAUAUUUAUAUACACCAAAAAUAUAUACUAACAACUAACAAUAUGUACAGCAGUAGAUAUAUUAAUAUGUUCACAUCCUCCAUUUCACACUUGAACUAUCGAUAGCUGGUAAAAUUGCCCACAAGUUUAUUCAUUAAUUUCUCUGUUAGUACUCUUACAAUUGAAACAUCUCUAACACAUUUCUCCUCCCUCCCUGUUUCCAGCGGACCUGACCCUUGACCCAGACACAGCCAACCCGUGGCUCCAGCUCUCGGAGGACCGCCGUCAAGUGAGGCACCUGGGGGCUUGGCAGGACCUCCCGGACAUCCCAGAGCGUUUCGACACGGUGGUCAUUGUCCUGGGUCGCGAGGGCUUCACCACGGGACGCCACUACUGGGAGGUUUGUUGAUUGCGAUUAUGUACCGUAGCCUAGCUUUCAAAAACAAAACAACAUCCAAAACUGUUCGUCUUUCCAUCUAUCUAUCUAUCUAUCUAUCUAUCUAUCUAUCUAUCUAUCUAUCUAUCUAUCUAUCUAUCUAUCUAUCUAUCUAUCUAUCUAUCUAUCUAUCUAUCUAUCUAUCUAUCUAUCUAUCUAUCUAUCUAUCUAUCUAUCUAUCUAUCUAUCUAUCUAGGUCCAGGUGGGGGACAAGGAUGACUGGUACCUAGGCGUGGCCAAGGCAUCAGUCAACAGGAAGGGGCGUAUCGCCAUCAGCUCUUCCCAGGGCUACUGGGCGCUGGCCAUGAAGAAAGGCCAGAGGUAUAGGGCCUCCACGACCCCGCCGUUAUCUCUGACCCUUGACCCCAAGCCAAAGAGGGUUGGGGUGUAUGUGGAUUGCGAAGAGGGCCAGGUUUCGUUUUACGACGUGAAGGAGAGGAAUCAUAUCUAUACGUUCAUGGAGGACAACUUUAAGGAUAAGUUGUUUCCGUUCUUUUAUCUGUACUGUUGUGAUAAACAGUCAGAUGCCAUUGUGAUCUGUCCGAUCAAUGAAAAGAGUUUGAUCAAGCAAUGCUGAGAAACACACUGACAACAACUCUGAAAUACUACAAUUCUGUCUGCAGAAAAUACCUUGACAAAUGUAAAAAUCAUAAACUGACUCUUAGCGGUGGCUUAAAGUGCCUUGAUAUUGAUAUUUGUUAUGGUGAUAACAAGCUGAUUUAUUAUAGUGGUGUCCAGCCCCCCUAGGCCCCUGGUCAGUUAAACCCUGUUGAGAAAGACUACAACUCUGACGACAACUCUGAAAGACUACAAUUCUGUGUGUAGAAAAUA